AGUGAAUAGCUGUUUCAGACAGCCAAAGCAAAUAGAGGGGAGCAGGCAUUUGCGAGGUGUAAGUAGAUUUGGGAUUUGGGAGGAGUGCCGGAGAGAAGGGCACCAUGGCGGGGGCGUCGGUGAAGGUGGCGGUGCGGGUACGACCUUUCAACUCGCGGGAGAUGAGCAAAGAGAGCAAAUGUAUCAUCCAGAUGUCUGGAAACACAACCACAAUCAUCAACCCCAAAGCACCCAAAGAGACCAAGAGCUUCAAUUUUGACUUCUCUUACUGGUCCCACACCUCACCAGAGGACAUUAACUAUGCCUCACAGCAGCAAGUGUACAGUGACAUCGGGGAGGAGAUGCUGCUUCAUGCCUUUGAAGGCUACAAUGUCUGUAUCUUUGCCUAUGGACAGACAGGAGCUGGCAAAUCCUACACCAUGAUGGGCAAACAAGAGAAAGACCAACAAGGGAUAAUCCCACAGCUAUGUGAAGAUCUUUUCACCAAAAUUAGUGAAAAUAAUGACAACAGUAUGUCUUUCUCAGUGGAGGUAAGCUAUAUGGAGAUUUACUGUGAGCGUGUGCGUGACCUGCUGAACCCUAAGAACAAAGGGAACCUGCGUGUGCGUGAGCAUCCUCUAUUGGGACCCUAUGUGGAAGACUUGUCGAAACUUGCCGUCACCUCCUAUAAUGAUAUCCAGGACCUGAUGGACUCAGGAAACAAGGCCAGGACUGUGGCCGCCACCAACAUGAACGAGACAAGCAGUCGUUCUCAUGCCGUCUUUAACAUCAUCUUCACUCAGAGACGCCACGACGCUGAGACAGACAACACCUCUGAAAAGGUCAGCAAAAUCAGCUUAGUUGACCUGGCAGGCAGUGAGAGGGCUGAUUCCACAGGAGCCAAAGGCACCAGACUGAAGGAAGGAGCCAACAUCAAUAAAUCGCUCACUACUCUGGGAAAAGUCAUUUCUGCCCUGGCUGAAGUGGAUUCUGGAGGAUCAAACAAGAACAAGAAAAAGAAGAAGGUGGAAAGUUUUAUUCCCUACAGAGACUCUGUGCUAACAUGGCUUCUGAGAGAGAAUCUAGGUGGGAACUCCCGCACGGCCAUGGUGGCUGCGCUGAGUCCAGCAGACAUUAACUAUGACGAAACCCUCAGUACUCUCAGGUAUGCAGACCGGGCCAAACAGAUCCGCUGCAAUGCUGUCAUCAACGAGGAUCCCAACAAUAGACUGAUCAGAGAGUUGAAAGAGGAGGUGUCUCGUCUGAAAGAUCUCAUCUUCGCUCAGGGCUUGGGUGACAUCAUCGAGAGUAAGGGUUCCCAUUGGCUUAGGUCGACAAACAAUAACAAUAACCUCCGACCUGUCAAUCAAAGGGAUGAUCUCUCCACAGUGACCAAUGCCAUGACGGGGAUGAGCCCCUCUCCCUCUCUCUCCGCCUUGUCCAGCCGUGCCGGUUCAAUCAACAGCCUGCACGACCGUAUCAUGUUCAGCCCUGGUAGUGAGGAAGCCAUCGAGAGGCUUAAGGAAACAGAGAAAAUCAUUGCAGAGCUCAAUGAGACCUGGGAGGAGAAACUCCGCCGUACAGAAGCUAUCAGAAUGGAAAGGGAAGCCCUGCUUGCUGAAAUGGGUGUGGCCAUGAGAGAAGAUGGUGGUACACUUGGUGUAUUUUCGCCCAAAAAGACACCUCAUCUUGUUAAUCUCAAUGAGGAUCCUCUUAUGUCUGAGUGCCUUCUCUACUACAUUAAAGACGGAAUCACAAAGGUGGGUAGAGAAGAUGCCAGCAGUCGACAGGACAUCGUCCUCAGUGGACAUUUUAUAAAAGAGGAGCACUGUAUCUUUACCAGCACUACGGGACCUGCAGGAGAGGCGACAGUUAUUUUGGAGCCUUGCGAGGAUGCUGAGACAUAUGUGAAUGGGAAAAGAGUGACAGAGCCCACGAUUCUGCGAUCAGGAAACCGUAUAAUCCUGGGAAAGAGCCAUGUGUUCCGUUUUAACCAUCCGGAGCAGGCUCGUCAGGAACGGGAACGCACGCCGUGUGCUGAGACCCCUGCCGAACCCGUGGACUGGGCAUUUGCACAGAGAGAACUGCUAGAGAAACAGGGCAUUGACAUGAAACAGGAGAUGGAUCAGAGACUGCAGGAACUUGAAGAUCAGUACAGGAGAGAGAGAGAGGAGGCAAACAACCUUUUGGAACAACAGAGACUGGAUUAUGAGAGUAAGUUGGAGGCCCUUCAGAAGCAGGUGGAUCGCUGUUACCCAGAUGCUGCAGAGGAAGAGGAUGAACCUGAAGAGGAAGUCCAAUGGACGGAGAGGGAGACAGAGCUGGCUCUAUGGGCAUUCCGUAAGUGGAGGUGUUACCAGUUUACCUCCCUCAGAGACCUGCUGUGGGGUAAUGCCAUCUUCCUCAAGGAGGCCAAUGCCAUUAGCGUGGAGCUGAAGAAGAAGGUUCAGUUCCAGUUUGUGCUACUGACAGACACAUUGUACUCCCCAUUGCCCCCUGACCUUCUACCUCCUGAGGCAACCAAGGACCGUGAGAAACGACCUUUCCCACGAACCAUCGUGGCAGUUGAAGUUCAGGACCAGAAAAAUGGAGCCACACAUUACUGGACUCUAGAGAAACUGAGGCAGAGGCUGGAUCUAAUGAGAGAGAUGUAUGACCGAGCCGCAGAGGUUCCCAGCACUGCCAUAGAGGACUGUGAUAAUGUGCUUACUGGAGGGGACCCGUUUUACGACCGCUUUCCCUGGUUCCGUCUGGUUGGAAGCAACCCUUUAUUCAACACAUGCAUGAGUGAGCGUACAAGCAACCCCACCCCCUCCCCCUCCCUGUCCAACCCCACCUCUGAGCUCACCGAGCUGGCAGACCCCUGGCCGGACGGGAGGGUGGAGGAGGAAGAGGAGCUCGAUGAUUCUGACGACCAGGAUGAUGAUCUCUUUUUGGAUGACCCAUGCUCGGAGCUUGGGUCGUAUGAUGAUGAUGAUGAUGAUGAUGAUGAUGAUGAUGAUGAUGAUGAUGAAGAGCGAUGCAGAGGCUCGGGCGAAGCAAUGGACCCAUUUUAUGAGCGCUCACCGCUGUUCAGUGUAGUGGGAAGGGCCUUUGUGUACUUAAGUAACCUACUCUACCCUGUCCCACUGGUGCAUCGUGUGGCCAUUGUAAAUGAGAAGGGGGAAGUGAAAGGAUUUCUCAGAGUAGCUGUGCAGGCCAUCUCAGCUGAUGAAGAGGCACCAGAUUACGGCUCAGGGGUCCGCCAGUCUGGCACUGCCAAGAUUGCCUUUGAGGAUCACCAGUUUGAGAAGUCGGAGUCAUGUCCAGUUGGUCUCUCUCGGUCGGGCGUGUCCCAGGAAGAGCUCCGCAUUGUGGAGGGAGAGGGACAGAACUCUGAGAUGGGACCAUCAGCUGACGAAGUCAACAACAACACCUGCACUAGUAAUACAGGCUGUGCUCUCGAUGGUCAUCUGGAUGGGAACCUGGAGCACCUGAAGAUCGGUGAAGUGUUCACUUUCAGAGUGACUGUGCUCCAGGCAUCCAGCAUCUCUGCUGAAUACGCUGACAUCUUCUGCCAGUUCAAUUUUAUUCAUCGUCAUGAUGAAGCGUUCUCCACAGAACCGCUGAAGAACACAGGUCGCGGACCUCCGCUGGGGUUCUACCACGUACAGAACAUUGCUGUUGAAGUGACGAAGUCCUUUGUGGAGUACAUUAAGACCCAGCCCAUUGUAUUUGAAGUGUUUGGCCACUACCAGAAGCAGCCGUUCCCACCGCUGUGCAAGGAUCUCAUCAGUCCAUUGCGUCCAUGCAGAAGACAAUUUCCCAAAGUCAUGCCUCUGUCCAAACCAGUUCCUGCUACUAAGCUGACAACCCUGGCUCGCCCCACUGCUGGGCCAUGCCAUUGCAAAUAUGACCUCAUGGUAUUCUUCGAGAUAUGUGAACUUGAAGCCAACGGAGAUUAUAUCCCUGCAGUGGUGGACCACAGAGGGGGUAUGCCAUGUCAUGGCACUUUCCUACUACACCAGGGCAUUCAGAGGAGAAUUACCGUAACCAUAGUUCACGAGACAGGCGAUGAUAUAGAGUGGAAGGAGGUGCGGGAACUUGUUGUGGGGCGCAUCCGGAACACUCCAGAAGCGGACGAGACCAUCAUCGACCCCAACAUUCUAUCGCUCAACAUACUGUCGGCGGGAUACGUUAGGCCGACACAAGACGACAGGACGUUCUAUCGUUUUGAGGCAGCAUGGGACAGCUCCAUGCAUAACUCACUGCUGCUGAACCGUGUCACUCCCUAUGGGGAAAAAAUCUACAUGACCCUCUCUGCCUACCUGGAGAUGGAGAACUGCACUCAACCCACAGUUAUAACCAAAGACUUCUGCAUGGUGUUCUAUUCGCGAGACGCCAAACUCCCAGCGUCUCGCUCCAUACGCAAUCUCUUCAGCAGCGGCAGUUUACGAGUCUCAGAGGGAAAUCGAGUUACUGGAGUCUAUGAGGUUAGUCUCUGCCACGUGGCUGAUGCAGGGAGUCCAGGCAUGCAGCGCAGACGGAGGCGAGUUCUGGAUACUUCAGUGGCGUAUGUUCGGGGCGAGGAGAACUUGGCUGGGUGGAGGCCCCGCAGUGACAGCCUCAUCCUGGACCACCAGUGGGAGCUGGAGAAACUCAGCCUCCUACAGGAGGUGGAGAAAACCAGGCACUACCUCCUCCUGCGGGAGAAGCUCGAGUCCACCCUACUGCUGGGUCAGGAGUCAAUGCUGUCCUGUGGGAGUGAGGAGCAGACUGAGUCCUCCUUCUCCUCCACAGAGCUCAACCAGAGCCCUGACAUCACCACUGAAAGACAGAAAGAAUUGGCUGCCAAGUGUCUGCGGCUGCUCACUCAUACCUUUAACAGAGACUACAGCCAUGUGUGUGUGAGUGCUAGUGAGAGCAAGCUGAGUGAGAUGUCUGUAACGCUCCUUAAAGACUCCGCCUCUGGCACCGCCCUCAACACAAUCACACCUUCCUCAACGUGCCCCUCGCUAGUAGAGGGUCGCUACGGCAACAACCCUGAACUCAGACCCCCAACACCACGCUCGCGCUCUGUCAGCCCAAGCCCAGAUGCCACACAGGACGGCGAGGGCAAGAAGUCCCCAAGCACGGCCCCUGAGUCAAAGCCAAGGGCCCGCAUGUUCGUCCCUGAUAUUCAGGAGAUACGUGUGAGCCCCAUUGUCUCAAAGAAGGGCUACCUGCACUUUCUGGAGCCUCACACCAAUGGCUGGGUGAAACGGUACGUGGUGGUCCGCAGGCCAUACGUGUACAUCUACAACACGGAGAGGGACACGGUGGAGAGAGCCAUCCUCAACCUGUCCUCUGCUCAGGUGGAGUACAGCGAGGACCAGCAGGCAAUGCUUAAGACGCCCUACACAUUUGCUGUAUGCACAGAGCAUCGUGGGAUACUCCUCCAAGCCAGUAAUGAUAAGGAGAUGCAUGACUGGCUAUAUGCAUUUAACCCUCUCCUUGCUGGAUCCAUCAGAUCAAAAUUGUCCAGAAGAAGAGCUGGACAGAUGAGGCUUUGAGAUGAUCAAUGCUGUAUCGUAUAAAUCUAUAAAAGCACUGGGGGGAGGGGGGAAAAAAAAACAACACAAAAGACAAAGACUAACUUUGUAUAUAGAUCUCCUGAGAGAGCACCCUGUCCCCUUUCUGAGUCCAGUCUCUUUCCCUUGACACCUAGUUACCUUCCUGUCUGUUUGCCUGCACUUGCUCAGUCUAGCACUACCUAAUCACCUGUUCGCUCCACUGUUGUGUCUACGGAGCCUAACU